AUGCCCCGUGAUAAAACAAAAAUCAUAGUCAAAUCGGAAAAUUCGUCUCCAAAAGCCUAUCCAAAACCAAUAAGGCAAAUGUACCAAAUGAAAUAUAAAAAAUUGGCUUGGCUCCUAUCAAUCUGCGCCGUCGUAUUUGUUUUGAUCAAUAUUCUUCAAGGAUACGUCAUCAAGGACGACAAUGAAAAUGAUGAGACUAUCAGAAUGUUGGAGGAAGCUAUCAAUGACGAAGUCCAACUAGACGAUUAUUAUGGAUAA